AUGAAGAACGACGAAGAACUUGAUACUCGUCUCCUCUACGAGCCUCUUGAGGGAGUCGAAAGACUUGAGAACUAUCGACCAGGUGGCUAUCAUCCCAUUCAAAUCGGAGAUCUCCUCCACGGUCGAUAUCAAGUUGUCCAUAAGCUAGGAUAUGGGUCAUAUUCAACUGCGUGGCUGGCUAGUGAUGAAAAAUCGAAUAAAUAUGUUGCAGUGAAAGUUGGCACAGCAAACGCGAAUCAAAAGGAAGUGGAUAUUAUAUCCACUCUCACUCAUCCUCAUCGUCCUCCAGUCAAUCAUCCAGGGAAGAUGAUGGUUCCUUCUAUUCUAGACAAAUUUACCCUUCACGGCCCAAAUGGCAAUCAUGCCUGCUACGUUACGGCGCCCGCGAGCGCUAGCCUCUCCGACGCGAAAGAUGGUUCAUGGAUCCGUUUAUUCCAGCUUGAUGUAGCCCGGUCAUUGGCUGCGCAACUCGUCCUUGCUGUGGAUUAUGUGCAUGCUCAAGGAAUCGUUCAUGGAGACCUUCACCUUGGGAACAUUCUCCUCAAAGUUCCGCCCAAUUUUGAUCGGCUUUCACCUAAACAAUUAUAUGAGAAAUAUGGAGCACCGGAACUAGACCCAGUUGUUCGUCAAGAUGGCAAUCCGCUCCCACUUGGCGUCCCAAAAUAUGGGAUUGCGAUCGUGCUCACAGACUUUGGUGAGGCCUUUUCUCACUCAAAAGAAUCGAAGUAUAAAUCUUGCACCCCCCUUGUCAUCCGCCCCCCUGAGGCGCGAUUUGAACCAAACAAGCCACUGUAUUUCUCAACAGACAUUUGGACUCUCGCCUGUACCAUAUGGUCUAUCAUCGCGCAACGGCCAUUGUUUGAAGGAUUUCUCGCAACAGAGGACGACAUGACAUGUGAGCAUGUCGAUACUCUUGGUGUUCUGCCAUGUGAAUGGUGGAGGAGGUGGGAGGCGCGACGACUGAAAUUUACCGAAGACGGCAAGCCAAUGAACCGCAACCCUUUCCGAUCUUGGGACGAUCGGUUUGAGGAUAGCGUGCAACAGCCCAGGCGAGAUAGUGGCAUACCGUCGUUUGAUGCAAACGAGAAGGAUGCAAUCUUCGAUAUGCUACGGCCGAUGCUCUCAUUCAGACCUGAGAAUCGCCCUACUACCAAGCAAAUUCUUGAGUCAGAAUGGAUGGUAAGAUGGGCUCUGCCUGAAUAUGGCAAGAUCUCGGAUAAUGUAUGA